CCCUGCCCUAACAGUCAUCACUACAAAUUUAACUAACCUUCCACCAUCUUCGUGGUUUGACACAGCAAAAACAGCCGUGCUGUAGAACUUAGCAUGAAGUUAAUACUGAGAGUGGUUCUCUUACGUCCUGGGUUGUGAUGCCUCCUGAUAAUGAACAUAAAAUAUUGGAGGUUUUCAUCCUUGGGCAUUGGACACAAGUGCCUUUUUAAGCUUUGGAAAUCAAGUUGUCACAGUUUAAAUGUCUGAUGAGGUGUUGCAGCGUCAGUUACUUCAGGAAUUGCAAAAGCAACGAUUUCAACAAUUGGGCCAUCAACUCACAUCAAUUUGUUGGGAUAAAUGUGUUUCAAAGUUGAGUAGCUCAUUGGAUUCAAGAACAGAAAGUUGCAUAGUUAACUGUGUGGAGCGUUACAUAGAUGUUUCGGGUGUUCUUACGCGUCGUCAAAAUGAAACGCGCCUAGGAUUUGUCGAUGUAAAACCUAAUGAUUAAAUAAUAAAUACAUUAUUUCACCCAAUUUCUUUUCCUAUUAAUAUUCUAAAUGUUUCGUUAUAUGGUACUUACUUAUGUAAUUUUUUCAGAUGUUAAUUUCCUCAGCACGGUAAGAUGUAAAGUAUGUAUAAAAAACUCUUCUUUUAGAGUUCUUAGGUGCAGCAUAGGAUCUGCAAUCCUCUCUCAGGUACCGCUUUCACGUUGCCUAUCAAACAAAACUGAUCCUGAAUUUGGAAUCACAAAUAUUCAAGAUGAUAAUGACUUUCAAAAGCGUGUUUUAGAAAAUCCAGCCCCAGUACUUGUUGACUUUCACGCUAAAUGGUGUGGUCCUUGCAAAAUUUUGGGUCCAAGAUUAGAAAAUGUCAUGAAAUCGUAUAUGAAGUCUGUUCUGCUUGCCAAGGUUGAUGUCGACCAGCUGGAUACUAUUGCUGAAAAGUACAAGUGACAAAUUUGCGUGCAUACUUCUGGAGAGUCCCAAAACUGGGACAGAACAUCUGGCCAGUACUCCCUGGUUUUCCAGUGGUUCUCUAACUGAUAUCAGCUCGUGAUCAAACCUGGAAUCAGUCAUUACCAGUGAGGAGAGUUACUUACAGAUGACAUUAGACGGCAAUAUCUCUAAUAUUGAAAAGGAACAUGAACUACAGAACUGCUGUUUUAAACAAGUACACGGAAAAUAUUAUUUCUAAACACAAAGUUAUCCCUAGAAUAAUAACCAACCCGAAAUUCGUAUAUUACAAAGUUCAAGGUGAAAAUUCCCCACGACUUCCUUUAAAAAGUCUAAAUAUCCAAAUCACAAUAUGUAAUCUGCUUGGUACGGCGAAUGGUAAUCAAGAAAACAAGCGUUACUGCAUGAUGACCCCGAAACGAGCAAAAAGACCAUUUCUAUGUGGAUGGUUAGCGCUAAUGCCUAGUUGAUGAGAAUAGUUUCCAGCUACUCAAAUCAACCUAUCAGUAGUAUGCACUGUUAUGAAAGAAUAACAGUGUGUAUUUAUGAUAUCACACAAAAACUUAGUUCUU